UUCCGGACUGAACAUCUUGUUGUUUUCUGCUCAGACUGAAGACAGAAACAGGUUUUUGAGUUUUUAACAUUUAAACAUUUUAUUACAUCAUGAGUCACGUGGACGUGAAGAACCUGAAGCCGUCGAGCUUUGAAGACGAGCAUUAUGACCAGUAUGAAUAUUAUAACCUGACGGAUAAAUACACAGAAGGCUCGGCCCGUAAAGGACGCACAAAGAAGGAGGCCAGCGACAACACCAACCGACACAACCCGUCCGGACACGAGCGCAAGAUCGUGGAGAAGCUCCAGAACACGGAGAAGAAAGCCAAGGAGUGAGAGGUGAAGGGCGACUCGGACGGCUCAUCCCGGACACCGACCACGGCCUCCAUGGCGACAGAACGAGACGUACAGAUGGCGGGAGCGUGAAGAGGAGCCCGCAGAUCCAGACCUCCAUCAUGGCGGCAGACUGUGGCUCCUCCCCCUGCGGGUUGUUGGAGAGCACUCACCUGUGGUGGCGGUACCUGGUCCCUGCUCGGACCACGAGGGUGCACAUGUGAUUGUGGUGGUGCUUUCAGUAUUGUGACAGGCUUUCAUUGGAUUCUUUUAAAAGGUGCUUUUACUAUUAAAAAUAUUCUUAAAUAAC